AUGAAAAAUGCAGAGUUGAAGCAAAUAUAUGACGAUAAAAUUGAUCUUUAUGAUGUGCUAAGAUUUGAUGACAGAAAAGCGUCGAGCUCUGAUUUAAGAAAACGGUUUAGACAACUGGCUCUUGAAUACCAUCCUGAUAAGAACCCUGAAGAUACAGAAGUAAUUCACAAAUUCCACCUAAUUUCACUUGCGGCGGAUAUACUGACUAAUGAUCAUUUAAGAGGGAAAUACGACUUGUGGUGGGAUCAACAACUAGCUCUCAACAAGCAACAAAGUCAAAGAGGUGAAUGGGUUGCACGAUUGGAAAGACGUGAAAAGAAGGAUACCGCUACCAAUAUAGAUGUGAAUAGGACUACGGAUUUCAGUUCCAUUCAAAAAUAUGGUGAAUACUUGCGCAAGCUCAAGCAUUUUAAUCUCUCCUACAAUUGGUCACCUCAGACUCCAUCUGAACAAUCAUUUUGUGAUUCUUCUACGCUAAGAUUAGAAAUUGAAACAAACAACCGUGAAAAAAUCAAAGUACUUCAGGAAGAAGUCCUUCGAUCCCAUCUGGAAUCCCUUUUCAGGGUACCCAUUCACUCAAUUUACUAUUCUACAAGAAAUAGACCAGGAGAUCCCACAAUGGUGGCAUACGUGAUAUUCCAAUCACCAACAGACUCUAGACUCAUCUAUAAGCGCUACAAGGACCAAAUCUUACCUUCGCCUUUGACAGGCAUUCAACCUCGUAUACCAAUUAGCUACUACAAAAAUCACACACAAACACCAUUGGAGCCCAGAAUCGAGUCCCUGGUAGCAAAUAGAGCCGUGCAAAUCGAUUGA